UUCCUCUUGAAUCAUUUUAAUGUUUUAUGAAUAAAGUUGUAAACAUGGCGGACAAGGCAGUCCGUAGUAUUGGGUCGGGAGAUCAACCCGUACCUAUGAAAUUAUUUGCAACAUGGGAAGUAGAGAAAUCAUCGCCAAACUGUAUUCCAAGAUUAUGUAGUCUCACAUUAACACGUCUCAUUGUACUUAAACCAUUGGAAACAGAGCUAACAUCACUUUUAAUUGCUGUCAAAAUGCAGAACUCUAAAAGAAUUCUCAGAUCCAAUGAAAUAAGAGUGCCACCUGGAGGAUUGUUAGAUACAGACCUGGAUCUAUCAUUUUCAUUACAGUACCCACACUUCCUGAAGCGUGAUGGUAACAAGCUACAUGUUAUGCUACAGCGGAGGAAGAAGUACAAGAACAGAACAUUUUUAGGGUUUAAAACACUGGCUGUAGGCCAGGUGAACAUGUCUCAAGUACUUCAGUGUUCCAUGGACAGAGAACUCAACUUAUAUAGUGAUGUGAAAGACCAGACAAACCCUGUGGCUAAAUUGGUUUUAUUAGGUCUAACCAGCCAACCUGUUGACCAUGAAAUAAAUGGACACAGAAAAAAUGCUUCCUCUGAUGUUGAUCGUUCUCCUGAUAUUGAUAAUGACAGUGAUGAUGAUGAUGUCCCAGAAUAUAAUGACGACUCUUCCAAUGAGGAUCUAAGUGAUAGCGAGCCAACAAUGACAGAGCCAAGAGCUAGACAGAGAAAACAUAGUAGAUCUAAGGCUCGGCCAGCAGUUACACAACGGAAUAUCAAGCAGAAAUUCAGGGCACUAUUAAGAAGAUUUAAAAUCUCUGAGGAUGUUCUUACAACAUUAGACUCAGAGGCUGAUCAUGACCAAAUUCCAAACACCCAAGAGCUUGAUGAUCUUUUUGAUGAGCUUGAAGACUCGGACAGUGGUCCAGAGCUGGAUACUAUGAGUGUUAUGUCCACCCCUAAGCCCAAGUUGAAACCUUUCUUUGCUGGCAGAGGUUCUACCCCUGAAUCCAAUGAACAACCUAAGUCUUCCUCACAGGAAGUGUUCCGUAUACCAGAAGAAACUCCAGUGAAACGUAGUGACUCUGAUCUUCACACAUUUCGGCAGUCAGACCUCGAGUACGAAGCUUCAGACUCCCAGAAUGCCAGCACCAACGAGUCAUCGCCGCGGCAGCACUCUCCCCGCCCCAAAAAGAAGGAGCUCAUUAAGGACCGCAUACGGAGCACAUCUUAUAGGGAGAAGAAAAGCAGGAAAGAGUUUAAACAACAUCGUAGGAAUAGUGUCGGGGAAGUGGGGUCACUGUACCCUCCAGUGUCAGUAGUGCCUCGCAAAGCUCUGCUGGAUCAACUGAGCUCAGUGUUUGAUAGUGUUGAUGACCACCUACCAGAAUCCAUCUUCAUGAUCAACACAUCUGAAUGGCAGGGUCAGAUGUUACAGCAGAAACUACAGGACAGGCAACUUCGUUUAAUUUGUACAUGCACUGAAGCAGACGUGAAAGCAGCCAUAUGUUACUUAGUGACCAAGAUUCAAAAAUUCUGUAACAGCAAUGCUCGGACUAUUGCACCAAUCAAAGUAGGUAUUGUUGGAGCAGAUGCUUACAUCAACUCUGUACUGAGACCAUACGUUGAACACUUCUCCAAUAAAUCUCCUGACUGGCAGAACUUUGCCAGGUUUCUUGUUAUUCCAUUUGGCCACAGUUCUGUUGGUAAAUAUAUUGCCAGUGUAGACAGCACUUAUGGUUCCCUGUUUCUGGACCAGCAGUGGAAAGAUACCUUUGAGAAACCAGAGUCUCCUAAACUAGACUGCCAAGACAUUAUGAACAGGAUAUCAAAAUAUUUGAAUGGGGCAACAGGCACACACCAAAUGCCAAUUGCUGAAGCUCUGAUCAUGUGCAAGGGAAGAAGUUCUGAUGAAGUGUCCUCACAAAUGUUUAUCCCAUUCCUAAGUGAGGUGAGGAUUGGAACAUUGGACACCUUCAAUUCAUCAGUUGAAUAUGAUGACAGCCUUCCACCUGUCGGGUUGUCAAGCUCCCCUCCUGCUUCCACUCCUGUCUUGGAGAAAACUAAAGAUGGACACACACCUCCCAGUUCUCCAAAUAUUGGUGCCGCUACUUCAGUCAUGUCACCACCUGCCAGCAAUUCUGGAACAGCGAUUACCACAUUGUCUUCCCCUGCAGAGUUUAUGGACCUGCAGGUUGAUUACUGGGUCGUCUCCCCUCCUAAAUCCGAUGCCCUAGACAAAGAUAAGAAGGAUAAGAAAGAUGUGAACAAGUGUUCCCUUAAAACAGCCUUCAGAGCUCUGUAUGCCAACCGUCUCCCUCACAGCGGUGGGAUACAGUCUGCCACUUUUUCAUUGAUGGUUGUCACCAAGGAGAAGAAACAAAAGAUCAUGCGUAUUGGCAAGAAAGGUAAAGAAUUGGAGUCUAAAAGUCAAGCCAUAGAGGGAGUCAGCAGGAUGGUCUGUACUUCCAAGAGUCAAAAUGUUAAGCUUAGAGUUCUUGUUGAUGGUGUGGAAUGGAAUGGAGUCAAGUUUUUCCAGUUGUCCUCUCAGUGGCAGACGCACAUCAAGUAUUUUCCUGUGGCAGUUUUCACAACUCUGGAUUUGUGAACAUCCCAAAAGAAACUGUGAACUUAAAAAAACAAAAUGUUUCCAAGCUGCAACCAGAGAAGACCACAUGUGUUCAUUGGAUCAAAGGAUUGUUUGAACUUUUCAUCCAUGCUAAGAAAGAGUGAUGUUAGCAACGACCCCUCGGCAGAGGGUUUAACCUACACCUUACACCUGGAACUGAUCUAGUCUGUGAUGUACACAUUGUAUUGGGGAAAGAUAUCCUAAAGCAAGUAUUGUGUCCCCCC